CAACGAUGACUUCACUUGAACCCUUGAAACUGAUGACUAUGUAAAGCAGCCGCCAUUCGCGAUAUUUGUGAGCGAUGAACUUCGCUGGGAGUUUCAAACGUAUUUUGACUAUUAAAUUAUCUGUUCUAGUGGCUUUGUUUAUCUUUUAUUCCUUGUAUCUUAGAGGUUCGCGUAAUACAGUCAUCUCCCACGCACCGCUUUCAUCUACAUCCCCAGUCCAGGCCACCAACAAAGACACAUACGGCAAAAUCCAGUCCAAAGUAGCCGUCAUUACCGACACACACUAUACGCCACGUGUCAUCCCAUUGAUCCUCCACUUCCACUCAGUUCUCGGACCAGAAUGGCCCAUCAUCUUCUUCACGUCCGCCGAAACUCGCGCCCAGCACUUCACCUGGAAUCCUGAAUCUGGUAAUAAGACCGGAUCGGCGAUAUGGCAGCGUGCUGUGGAAGAUGGGACUGUUGAAGUUAGGACGCUUCCGGAUGAGGUCGAUGUUACGACCAGGUUAGGGGUCAAUUUGUAUUUUACGAGACCGUGGUUCUGGGAGCAGCUGGCUCCUGCUGAACAUGUGCUGCUUUUUCAGGCCGACUCAAUGAUCUGCGCCAACGCCCACCGAACAAUAGACUCCUUCCUCCCUUCAACAUUCAUCGGCGCCCCUCUCUCACGAGAUACCCAACCCAAAAAGUUCAACGGCGGACUCAGUCUCCGGAACCGCCCCCUCAUCCUCUCCAUUCUCUCCUCCCUCCCCUUAAAUGCAACAUGGGAAGCCGAAACCUUAGCCAAAUCUUACGCUCACGGCGAAGACUCCUGGUUUUCGAGGGAGAUGGAGAGGAGAGGAGUGAAGUUGCCGAAUAGGCAGGAGGCGCUGCAGUUUGCGUGUCAGGGGGAUGAGCAUUUGGAUACGUGGCCGGAGCCGUUAGGUUUUCAUAAGGUGCAUGUUAUGAUUCCUAAGAGGCUGCCGGAGAUUAGGAGGUGGUGUCCUGAGAUUAGUUUGGCGGGUGCGGGGAUGUUCGGGAAUGGUGGUGGUGUUGGGUAG